AUGAAGAUCCGGAGGUUGUUCAAGUACCACAGUUUGAAGAAACAGCCCAUCAGGCCAACAUGGAACAAAUAUAACCUGUACAACUUGGCCACGGCCCGAACAGCUAUCAAUACCCGCAGGACAUUUUUCCAGCAGAAAUGGCAGGCCAAGUCGUUGACACGAGCAUACCACGGAGAGCACAUCAAGGAACGCAAAUGGGCGCGCAUGUUUAGCCGUCGCCUACAGGCCGUCGUCAACAUGGACCCGGCGUACAUGGCCAAAUACGAUGGCAGCGAACAAGCCGCCGGCCGCGGUUCCGGCCUCUCAGAGCCCCCAGCCUACGAGAAGACAGACGAUGGAAAACGUCCCAAGCGAGUCAUCGCCAACCCGGGCAGGAAGGUCGCCACACCGUACGAGCAAAUGACCUUUGCACCUCUCGAGAGGCGCCUCGAUAUUGCCAUCUUCCGAGCCCUCUUUGCUAGCAGUGCGAGACAGGCCCGCCAGAUGGUCGUGCACGGUGCUGUCACCGUCAACGGCAAGAAGGCAUGUACACAUACACACUACCAUCAUGACAUGAAACACCCCGGUUACCUUCUCAACCCCGGCGAUCUCUUCCAGGUCGAUGUCGAGCGCGUUCUCUAUGCGACCGGUGCGCCCAAGGAUAAGAAGCUCCUCGCCCAGGCCAUGAAGGACGCCAAGAAGGAGGUUGCGGAGGAAGCCGCCGAAGAGGAGGGUGCGGAGGCCGAGGAGGCCGAGGAAGGAGACGCACAAGAAGCAACCUCCAAGUCCGGCGGCAAGAAGGAAAAGCAAGCCGACACCUCCAAGUUCGACGAGGCCUGGAACCGCAAGUACGAACUCCUGCAGCUCCAGCGUCUCCUGCAGUACGCCAAGCACAUCGCCGACUCGCCAUCCCACCAGCUCUCCGCGACGCGCAAGCAAGCCUUGCGCGCUCUGAAGCGCGACAUCAAGUCGGCCAUCAAGCAAGCGCAGCGACGCGACGGGUCCGUUGCGCCGACCGGUAACGUGGUGGACGACUUGACGAUGCUUCUCGACCGCCUCGCCAUCUCCCCUUCCGAGGCGAUCCGGCAGAAGGAGGCGGCCAAGGAGCUGAGCGAGAAGCUCAGCAAGCAGUCGCGCCAGGUGCUCAAGAAGGUGAUCGAGUACAACGACGAGCACGAGGACACCGAGAUCGACCCGAGCAAGCCGUACAUGACCCCCUGGAGGCCGCGCAACUACAUGUCCGCCUUCGCCUUCAUCCCCCGCUACCUCGAGGUCAACCAGAACAUUUGCGCGGCCGUCUACCUCCGCCACCCCGUCGCGCGCCCCGGCGAGUCCGAAGUACCGUCGCCUUUCUCCCCCACUGUCAACCAGCUCGCCUUCAACUGGUACUUGCGCAGAGGUUAA